AUGACGUCUUCUCCAUCCUUCAAUGACAUGGACUUGGUAGAGCCAAUUGCCAUUGUCGGCCUAUCCCUUCGCUUCCCUGACGGGGCCAAUGAUCUCGACCGGUUCUGGGAAUUGAUCACAGAUGCUCGAACUGUGGCGCGGGACUUUCCUUCGGACCGCAUCAAUGUCAAUGGCGCCUACUGGCCCAAGACAACGUCUCCGGUGAAAGGAGGGCAUUUCUUGGCCGAGGAUAUCACAGCAUUCGAUGCGCCGUUCUUCUCUGUGUCGGCGGUGGAAGCUGCCUCCAUGGAUCCCCAGCAACAGCUCCUGCUAGAAACGAGCUAUGUGGCGCUGGAAAAUGCUGGAAUUCCCAUGCAACAGGUGGCCGGGUCCAAAACCUCCGUUUACAUCGGAUGCUUCACCAACGAUUACAGAACCCUCUAUCACAAAGACCUGCGCGACAGCGCUCCGUAUGCAGCCACCGGAACUACAACCACCAUCAAUGCGAAUCGAGUGAGUUGGUUCUACAACAUGACAGGUGCGAGUGUAAACAUCGACACCGCCUGCUCCAGUAGUUUGGUGGCCCUGGACCUAGCCUGCCGGGGGCUGCGGGCCGGUCAGGCAGAGAUGAGUCUUGUCGGCGGCACUAACCUCCUGCUGGCUCCCGAUCUUUUUCAUAUUCUAUCCGGCAUGAACAUGCUCUCCCCCGAUAGCCGAUGCCACAGCUUCGAUGCCCGCGCAAAUGGUUAUGGCCGAGGCGAAGGAGUGGGCAUGCUGGUUCUCAAGCGUCUGAGUAAAGCCGUGCAAGACGGCGAUACGAUUCGCGCCGUCAUUCGCGCCACUGCAACCAACCAGAACGGCUACACCGCCGGUAUCACACAGCCCAGCAAGGGUCUACAGGAAGCCCUGGUCAAUGACUGCUACUCCGAGGCCGGCCUGGACAAGGCCCGAACACUCUAUAUCGAGGCGCAUGGCACCGGCACUCCGGCCGGUGAUCCCAUCGAGGCCGAGGCCCUGGGUGCAAGCUUCAGAGCAAGUCGUUUGCCCGGCGAGCGGCUCUACGUGGGCUCAGUGAAAGCCAAUAUUGGCCAUCUGGAGGGAUCCAGUGGCAUUGCCGGGGUGAUCAAGUCCAUUGGCAUCCUCGAGCGAGGACUCAUCCCUGCCGUUGCCGAUCUCCAGACUGUAAAUCCAAUGAUCGACGAGGAGCAGCUAAGAAUCCAGUUUCCACGAUCAGCCAUUUCCUGGCCCCGGCCAGGCCUGCGACGCAUCUCCGUCAACUCGUUCGGGUUUGGUGGCUCCAACGCCCAUACCGUCCUGGAUGACGCCUAUCAUUUCCUGCAGGAACAUGGAUUGGACGGAGUUGCCUACGUUCCGCGCACUGAGACACCUGGAGAGAGCUCCAGAACUCCUGGGCUGGUCCCAGUGCCCGACAAAGCCGGAAUCAGCAGGACGAUCGCCUCCUUGACCGAGUACUUCGAUUCCCUCGAGACUCCCCCAUCAACGGAGUUCUGCGACUCCCUGGCAUACACGCUGGCCCAACGCCGGAAGCUCAAGGCGCUAGUCUCAUCGCCAGUACAAUCGGGUCAAGCGCCCGAGCUUGCAUUCAUCUUCACCGGACAAGGUGCGCAAUGGUCACAGAUAGGCGUGGAGCUAUGUGCCUAUGCCAAUUUCCGACACAGUCUGGGGGAAGCAGAUUCCUACUUGCAAUCAUUGGGCUGCGAGUGGCGACUGUUAGAGGAGCUGUCGCGCCCAGCUGAAAGCAGCCGGAUCGAUGAACCUCGAAUCAGCCAGGUUCUGUGCACCGCCAUCCAGGUCGCCCUGGUGAACCUGCUGCUCAGCUUCAAUAUCCGUCCCAAGGUGGUGAUCGGCCACUCGUCUGGAGAGAUCGCUGCAGCGUAUUGCUGUGGUGCCAUCUCGGCGCGCAGUGCGUGGAAAAUUGCCUUCUUGCGAGGCUCUUUGGUGUCGACGCUGCGCGAAGAGACCGCGGUUCCCGGUGCCAUGUUGGCAGCAGGGCUCUCUCCAAGCGACGCUGCAUCCUAUCUGGCUCAAUCCGACCCGUUCUUGCAGAGCCUAAGCAUUGCCUGCUUCAACAGCCCCGACAAUGUCACUAUAUCCGGAGACGAGGUGGCCAUCGAUGCCCUGAAGACCAAGCUUGAUGCGGUAGGAAUCUUCGCACGCAAGCUUCGCACCGGAGUCGCAUAUCACUCGAGCCAUAUGUAUCCCGUGGCUGAGGCAUACACAGAUGCCAUCGGAGACAUCGAACCGGGCAUCGACUCCCUCGCUGCGGUGGUCAUGAUUUCCACCGUUUCCGGCCAGCGGGCAUCCCCUGACAUAUUGCGCCAGGGCAGUUACUGGGCCAGCAACCUGGUCUCCCCGGUUCGGUUUCUUCAAGGAUUCCAGAGCAUCUUGAACAAGCGGGUGGCCAAGAAGAUGGAUGGCAGCCACCGAUCGUUGAUGGACAUCGAUACAUGCCUGGAAAUUGGCCCCCACAGCGCUCUCCGGGGUCCGAUCAAGGGCAUUCUGGCGGCAAAAGAGCGGACCAUGACCUACCUAUCUCCCUUGCAGAGGAAGCGGUCAGGCCUGGAAACUAUGCUCGAAUCAGUGGGACAACUCUGGUGCCUGGACCAGGACACCACCACGCUCGUCUCGCUGGCGGAUCUUCCCCCCUACGCAUGGGACCAUUCUCGCAGCUACUUUCACGAGAGCCGGGUGACCAAGAACUACCGUCUGCGAGAGAAACCCCGAUCGGAUUUGCUCGGCGAACCGGCUGUGGACUGGAAUCCGCUGGAAGCCCGUUGGGGCAACUUUAUCAAGCUGUCGGAGCACCCCUGGAUCGAGGACCACCGGAUCAAUGGCACCAUUCUCUUCCCCGCCGCCGGCAUGAUGGCCAUGGCCGUCGAAGCCGUCAAGCUAACCACAGCCGGCGAACGAUCGAUUGCUGGCUACGAGCUACGUGACAUCAGUCUGACGGCUGCCUUAUCCGUACCAGACCGCGAACGAGGCAUUGAAACCCAAUUCUUUCUUCGUCGACAGCCAGGCGGCGCUGGGCGUGACGCCACCUGGUCGGACUUCCAGCUCUGUGCCCUCGUCGAGGAUGAAUGGGAAGAAGUCUGCAGCGGCAGUAUUCGCGUCGAUUAUGGCGUCUCCGAGACUGGCGUAGGCAGUGCUCGCGUAGCGAGUGACCGGGUGCAUGCAAUGCAAGAGCAGUACUCCCGCAUCCACAACAAGGCUGACAGCUCGCUGGAUAUUGAAACAUUCUACAAGCAGCUGCGUCAGUGCGGUCUGGACUUUGGUCCCACCUUCCGGACCCUGAUAGAGGCCCAAUGGCUCGACAAGGAGUGCAGCGCCACGGUUGCGGAUCCGGCUCGAGCCAAGUCAACGGCCAUCCCGGCCAAGAUUCGUCGAGUCUGGUUGGCAUCUUCCGGGCUCGGAUGGCAAGCUACUGACGUCUUGCAUGCAGUGUCCACCGUGGUCGCCGAAGAUCGUCGGGGAUGUGAAGUCCGUUCUCACGCGCUGAGUACAGAUGGGGCCCAUGUGCUGGCCGAGCUGAAAGGGAUCCGCUUGACGGUGGUCAACGACGCAUUGGAUAUGGCGGAUCGGGAUGUGGCCGAGCGAGAUCGCAUGUGGAAUCUCGUCUGGAGGCCAGAUAUUGACCUUCUAACACGACCCGAGGUGGAUCAGUGGUGCGCGGAAACACUACGACCGGACGGGGAACCGACUGAUUUCUAUCGAGAUCUGUCCUUCUUGCAUUACGCCUCGUUGAAACAGACUGUGAUUGACGUGGCUAUCGGUAAUCUGUCGCCUCAGCCACCCCAUCUGCAGGAGUAUGUGCGCUGGGCCCAGGGACAAGUCGAGCACAUUGAAUCGGGCCAGUUACCGCACUGGCAGUCUACGUGGGAAUCACUGGCUCGAGAUGUUGAGUACCGUCGAGCGGUCGAAGACAGACUGGAGCAGACCAAUGCCGAAGGCAAAGCCCAUGUUGUCGUUGCUCGUCAUCUGGAGCAGAUUCUGCGCGGCGAUAUGGACCCGCUGGAGCUGCUUUUCGGAUCUCCCAUCUUGGAUGACCUGUAUGCGGAGCUCAGCAACGACAACAACAGUUUCGACCAGCUAGACCGCUACCUCCGACUGUACUCGCACAAGUACCCCAAUUCCCGCUACUUGGAGAUUGGAGCCGGAACUGGCGGCACCACCGCGCCAGUGUUGCGCUCUCUUGUUGGGGAGGGCGACCCUGAGAUCACGGGGGCGUUGUAUCAGGACUUCACCUACACGGACAUCUCCGAGGCCUUUUUCGAUUCAGCGAAAGCCCGCUUCGCCAAGUAUCCCGAUCUCGCGUUCCAGCGAUUGGACGUGGAGCAGCCCCUGGCAGAUCAGGGCUACACCCUUGGCUCGUACGACGUGAUCGUGGCGGCCAAUGUCCUGCAUGCCACCAGCGACUUGAUGGCCACACUUCAGAAUGUAGAAAGGUUGCUAAAACCGGGGGGCAAGUUGAUACUGUUCGAAUUUACCAACCCGGACCUGGGACGGAGUGGAUUCAUCAUGGGCCUGCUGCCCGGCUGGUGGCUCAGCACUGAAUCUUACCGCACGCGGGGGCCCUGCGUGUCGCCUUCCACCUGGAGCACGGUUCUGGAGGAGGCUGGGUUUACGGGAAUUGAGCAUGAGUUCCGCGACUACAAUAGCGACGGGUGUCAUGAACUAAGUAUGCUCAUCAGCAUAAAGAAGCCCAGCACCAGCCCCCUGCAGCAGCUUCUCCCCUCGACUGUGAAUAUUGUAACGGGCACUUCAACCAGCGAGGCUGGAUAUGCCAACGCCCUCGAGCGUCAGCUGCGGGAGAAAGGAAUUGCCAGUCGACUCGUCUCCAUGGACCAGAUCCAAAGCGCGAGCCUGGGUGCAGAUGCUCUGACGAUCGUAACGUCUGACUGGGACCUCAACCGACCAUUUCUUCAGGAUUUGAGCGCCAAGGACUUUGGUGCACUGCAGCACCUCGUCGGACAGAGUCGGAACUUGGUCUGGCUGACCCCCACGGUGGAUGACGGCUCCGCUGCCCCCGAAUAUAACAUGAUCACGGGCCUAGCGCGCGUGUGCCAUGCUGAAGUGGAAGGACAGAGGUUCAUGCGUGUCGGGACUGAGCCCGGUGCAGAGCCCACCCCUAGCCAGGUCCACGGCCUUUUGGGAGCGAUCCAGCAGAUGCUGGCCGGGACUCCAGAUACAUAUGAGAUGGAAUUCGAGCAACGGGGCGGGCUGUUUCACAUCAACCGGCUGCAACUCGACGCGAUCUGUCAGGAAGAGGUGCAUCAGAUCCAGAACCCACGCACACCGCGGGACCUCGCAUGGCAGGAUGCUCCUCCGUUGAAACUGGUCACCGAUACGCCCGGUCUCCUGGAGUCGCUGACUUUCGUCGAAGACGAGGAGCACAGCUCGCCUCUGGCAGAGGAUGAAGUUGAGAUCGAAUUUCGGGCUGUAGGUUUGAAUUUCAAAGACUGUUUGAUUGCCCUGGGUCGUGUGCCCGCAGACACCCUCGGAAACGAAUGCUCCGGGGUUGUCGUUCGUGUCGGCAGCGCCUGCCAGGACCGCUUCCAGAUCGGAGACCGAGUGUGUAUGUCAACAGUAGAAGCAUUCAAAACCUAUGCACGCAGCAAAGCCCAAUGCGUCUGUCCGCUGCCGGACAGCAUCAGCUUCACCGAGGGGGCCGCCAUUCCCACGCAGUUCGUCACGGCUUGGACGAGUCUCGUAGAGAUCGGGCGUCUGGCCCGAAGAGAGAGGGUUCUCAUUCACGCGGGCACCGGUGGCACUGGGCAAGCAGCAGUCCAGAUCAGUCAGUACUUGGGAGCGGAGGUCUUCGUGACGGUGGGUUCGGAAGCCAAGAAGCAAGUGCUUAUGACAAUGUACAACAUCCCAGAGGACCACAUCUUCUACAGUCGUGACACGUCCUUCGCCACGGGCAUCAAGAACAUUACCCAGGGGCGUGGAGUCCAUGUCGUGCUGAACUCGUUGUCCGGGGACAGUUUGCUCGCGUCCUGGGACUGUCUGACGCCCUAUGGUCGGUUCGUGGAGAUUGGCAAGAAGGACAUUCUGGACAAUGCACGCUUGCCCAUGUUGCAUUUUAACAUGGGCGUCAGUUUCUCGGCUUUCGACGGCUCUAUCUGGAUGGUCGAACGUCCAGAUCAAGCCGAGCGUGGGAUCCGGACCAUCAUGGAGCUGUUCCAGAAGGGUAUCUUCCAUGUCGCUCGUCUGUUGCAAGUUUGCCCUGUCUCAGAUGUGCAUUGCGCGUUUGCGACCUUGGCAGAUGGAAAGACGAGUGGCAAGACUGUGGUUGAGAUCACCCCUACCGCUGUUGUUCCAACCAUCAUCACUCGCAAGCCGACAUACGUCUUCCCCACCGACGCAACCUACGUGCUCGCCGGCGGAUUCGGCGGUAUCGGACGCAGCAUCGCCCGCUGGAUGGCCGAUCGAGGGGCUCGCAAUCUGCUGAUCCUGUCCCGGUCAGGCCCUAAGACCCCCGAGGCAACCAGCCUGGUAGACGAGCUCCGGAGCACCGGCAUCAACAUCCAAGCACCCGCAUGCGACAUUACCAACGCCGAUGCCCUGCAGCUCGUCCUCGACGAAUGCCUCCAAACCAUGCCCCCAAUCCGGGGAUGUAUCCAAGCCUCAAUGGUCCUCCAAGAUACCCUCCACAGCACCAUGACCCACACCCAAUGGACCGCAGCCGUAAACCCCAAAGUCACCGGCUCACGCAACCUUGACGCCCUCCUCCCCGGCGGAAUGGACUUCUUCAUCCUUCUCGCCUCCGUCUCCGGCAUCGCCGGCCAACGCGGCCAAUCCAACUACGCCGCCGGCAACACCUACCAAGACAGUCUCGCGCGCCACCGCAUCACACGCGGCGAACCCGCCACCAGCAUAGACCUCGGCGCCAUGGUCGACAACGGCUUCCUCGCCCAGAACCAAUCCAUCCGAGACCGUCUCCUAGGCGGCGGCUCCAUGGUCCCCAUCACCCGAGCCCAGUUCCUCUCCCUCCUCGACUACCACUGCGACCCGGCAAACAAACCCACCCUGACCACCUGCCAAACCAUCUUCGGAAUCAAUUCCCCGCAGGCCAUGCAUGCCCGAGGCCUCGACGAACCCAGCUGGAUGCAACGACCCAUGUUUGGUUUCUUGCACCGCGUACCCGCCACCACCGGACAUCAGACAUCCGCUGACGCGGCUGGGGGGAAUAGGGCACGGGACUUCCGGGCCGAGUUCGCGCAGGCAAAGACACUCGACGAGGGAGCGUUGAUUGUUGCCACUGGACUGAUUGCCAAGUUAGUGCGGAGUUUGUCCGGGUUAGAGGAGGAGGAUGUAGAGGUGAGUAAGCCGGUCGUGAGUUGUGGGGUGGAUUCGUUGCUGGCGGUGGAAAUUAGGAGUUGGUUUGCGAAGGUGUUUCAGGCGGAUAUACCUACUUUUGAGAUUCUGGGUGGGUUGAGUUUUGAGAGGUUGGGGAGGUUGGUUGCUACGAGGAGUGGGUUGGGGAGGGGGUGGGUUGGUUGA